AUGGCGGAGAUCAUCGGGUUGGCAGCUUCACUCAUCACUCUGGCUGGCGCGAGCGCGCAACUAGCCAGAACGCUCCUUGAAGUCGCCAAUGUCAUCAAAUCAGCGGAGUAUGAGGCUAGAAUGAUUGCCGCUGAUAUCUCCGUCUUCUCGAGCUUUCUCACACAGUUGAGUAUGGUCGUGGAUCUCCCCCAUACGAAGACAGAGAAGCUUCGCGAGAUCACCGUCGUCUUAAUCGCGGCGUGCAGGACACUUAUCGAAGAUCUAAGAAUGCUCAUUGGAGAGCCAGUUCAACGUGACACGGCACGACUUGCGUUCACCAUGUCGCUUCUACGGUUUCGUCUUAGAUGGAUGAAAGUAGGCCCCAAGGUUAUGUUUGUGAAGAGCUUAGUGGAUUCGUUCAAGACUACUAUCAUCGUGCUUGUCUCCACGAUGAACCUGGCCGUUGUGCUGCAGCGAGAUACCCCGGAAUCCAUCAGCGAUAGUCUCAAAGUGCAGCUUGAGAGCAACAUUAAGUUUGCGGAAGACGCUACGGAGUGUCUGCAUCAUCAUAAGGAGAUAAAUCACGAAGAAGCUUCAUCUUUUCCGCUCACUUUAGAUUCCAGCGCUUCAACAGAGGUUGGAGAUGCGAUACAAGGAGCUGGGGGAGAGUUGGUCGUGCUUACUCCUCAACCUCUUCAAGAGCGCGGCCUAACGCUACACGAUCAAACACUUAUCAAUAACGAACACUUUGAGGAUGACGAAUAUCCCCUCCAGGCAGCUCGUGACUGUACUCACAUCAUCGAGAUGCAGCAAAGGUCUUGUGCGCUGGCAAAGGAUGUGCUAGAUUCUCCGAGCCUCAACGCAACGUGGAGCUGGAAUGCGUCCGAGAAUACUUUUGCGCACAAGCGAGCGGACUAUACUGCAAGCAAGGGUACCUCGUCCAUACCUGCCACCGGGGGAUCAGAUGCACGUGAAUUUGGACAGCGUUCUGUCGCGACCGAAGGCGGCAGCUCGAGAGCUGAUGCGAGGACAUACCCGGAUGUAUCGCCCCAAGAUCAAAUCAAAAGGCUUGUACGCGAUGACCAACCGCAGGGAAACAUACCGCGUGGAGCUAGCUAUACUGGUCAUGGUAGUGAAGCCAUGCACAAUGACAGAUCCAAAGUCACUCCUUUGCUUAAUGGCGUGACGAGAGAAUCGUCAAUUUCGGCCCUUCCUUCCCGUGAACCCGACCACGCUUUUGAGUUAGAACAUACAGCCUUAAAGCAAGAUAGUUCUAUCCUACUAGAAGGCGCUCUCUCAACACCACGGCUGCCGAAUGUCACAUCGUCGCAGCAUGUAACACCCCCUCCACGCUCUUCGUUUCAGGAGCCGGAAACCAUGUUAAGCCAGGGAAGGCAGCCACCUAAAGAAGAAGGAUUGGUGUCUCAAGAGAGUGUUGAGAGGGGCACGCGGGAAGAAGAUGGGCUCGACAAGAUAGAGCGCCUCUUGGCAGCUCAAGCGACAGCUGAAAAGAAUAGACUGUUGGCAAAGACAAAAAAGGCAGAAGCUGCUGCUGCUGCGAAGACAAAAGAGGCAGAGGCUCUUGCUGCGGCAAAAAGACGUGGAGAUGAAGACAAACUCGCAAAACUCGAAAGUUUAAUCCUAGCCCAGAAGGACGAGCAACUCAAGAGAGAAGCAGCUCAAGAUGCGGCACGCGCGGCGGAUCAAGCAGCAGCAGCUGACACAGAAGCUGCAAGGAUAGCUGAUGAAAAGCGAGAAGCAGCUGAGAAAGCGAAACUCUUGUUAGACGCUGCGCAAAGAGCAAGGGAAGAGGCUGAAGAGAAGGCAGCAGAUGAGCGGAAGGAAAUAGAGGCCGCGCAUGCGAGAGCCCUUCAGGACGCGAAAGAAGCGGCGCAAGAAUUAGAGGUAGCAAGGAAGCGGGCGCAGAAUGCGGCUGCACCAAUCCUAUUCCAAGACCCCCUUGGCCGCAAAUUCUCAUGCCCAUGGCAUUCGGGUAGUACCUGGGAGGGAAUGAGCGAUUUCAUUGCAAAGAUCAGCUCUGGCGUAGCAGUAGUCUCCCAGCUAGUCGAAACCGGACAGUACGAUCUGAUGAAAGAUGAUGUCGUCAUCCCACCGCAUUUGUGGGAUACUAUGGUCUUUCCAGGGUCAUCAGUCACGAUGCGCGCCAGAAAUGCAGCCGAGAAGAAAGCUCGCUGGUUUCGUAGGUCGAUGAGCCAAGGGAACGGCUAG